UCCCUCUUACUUUUGUUGAAGAGAAGAAGCUUGGUGUCCUUCACAACAGCAAAGAUGGCGACCGCUACAAAAAUUAUUCAAAGGAUUCGCAAUUUUUUAUCAGGGCGUGACCUUCAAAGUAAACUUCAACUGCGGUAUGAAGAGAUUGCAAAGAGGACGCAGCCACCACCUAAAUUGGCUGUUGGGCCAAGCCACAAGUUUGCAGACAACUACUAUUUUACCAGAGAUGGACGCAGAGAAUCCAUGCCCGCCACCGUUGUCAUGUCCUCACAGAAGGCGCUCGCUGCUGGCAGCCAAGGUGCUGCACCAGCUAAACUUCCAGUGACCCCCGGUGCAGUAUACAGGGAACCAGAGCUCUCCACAGACCAGCCAUACCUUUGA